CUAGUUCUGCCUUAUUCUGUCUGUUCUGUGAGCGCUCAGCCAGGUCUGUUCUGUGAGCGCUCAGCCAGGUCUGUUCUGUGAGCGCUCAGCCAGGUUGUUUGGAAUUUGGGCGGGACGAAGAAGGAGCUGACGAGCUCGGACUUCUCGCCCCGCAGCCCUGGAAGACGUUCCAAGGGUGUUGGGGCCCGACUUUUCGGGGCCCAAUCUGGGAGAGGAGAAAGAUCCGGACUAACGGCACCUCUGUCUGUAUUUUUGGCUUUCAGAGGGCCCCGGACCUUUGCCACCUCCAUCUGACUUUUUGCUUUCAGUUUGGUACCAAAGCCGUGCAGCACGCCUGUCUGUUGUUUGUUUGACUGUUGGUGUUGUUUGUUUUCUCUGUGUUCUAAUCUUCCUUAGAACUAACAUGGGACAGUCCCUAACAACGCCCCUAAGUCUCACUCUUGAUCAUUGGGAAGACGUCCACGACCGGGCACACAACCAGUCCGUCGAGGUUAAAAAAGGAAAAUGGCAGACUCUCUGCACAUCCGAGUGGCCCACCUUCGGAGCCGGAUGGCCAGUGAAUGGCACAUUUAAUAAGAUCAUUAUUUUACAGGUUAAAGAUCGGGUCGUCCACGGACAUCCUGACCAGGUUCCUUAUAUUAUCACUUGGGAGAGUCUUGCCUUAUACCCCCCACCUUGGGCGGAACCCUUCGUGGACCCGAAUUGGCCUCCCCUCAACCCCCAGCUUGUCCCCUCGGCCCCGCCCGGUUUGCUGGCCCCGUCUUCCUCUCUCUACCCCACUCUAAUUAAAUCAGAGCCUUCUAAGAAACCUGUCCUCCCGGCAGACUCAAACUCCCCUCUCAUAGAUCUUCUCUCUGAAGAUCCUCCUCCCCCAUAUCGUUUACCUACAGGCCCGGCUGAAACGGAGGAGGCAGAGCUGCCGGCCAGAUCAGUUGCCGGGCCACAGUCUGAUAAGGGUUUCUCCCCUGUCGCAGGGAGAUUGCGCAAUAAGCUCGAGGUGAUGCCAGAUUCAACCUCCCAGGCUUUCCCACUUAGACAGGGAACCGGUGGCCAGACCCAAUACUGGCCGUUUUCAGCAGCUGACAUUUACAAUUGGAAACAACACAACCCUUCUUUCUCCAAAGAUCCGGUGGCACUCACUGACCUAAUAGAAUCUGUUUUACUUACCCACCAGCCUACUUGGGAUGACUGCCAACAGCUCUUACAGGCCCUCUUAACCUCAAAAAAAAAAAAAGAAAAACAAAGAGUGUUCCUAGAGGCCAGAAAGCAUGUUCUGGGAGAUGAUGGGCGUCCCACCCAGCUGCCUGAGAAAAUUGAUGCUGCAUUCCCACUUAAGAGACCAAACUGGGAUUUUAAUACAGCUGAAGCCCUUCUCUGAGGGCCCAUUUACAGGCCCUACAGAUUGUGCAGAGAGACGUCUGGAGACCUUUGGCCGCUGCUUACCAGGACAAGCUUGAGCAUCCGGUGGUGCCACACCCGUUCCAGAUUGGAGACACCGUGUGGGUACACAGACACCAGUCCAAGAAUCUCGAGCCACGGUAGAAAGGACCCUACACCGUCCUCCUGAGAUCCACACACCACACGUCAAGGCAGUCCAGUCUGAGGAAUUGACUAAUCACAACACUACACCCCAGACAUGGAGAGUUCAGCGCACUCCAAACCCCUUAAAGUUAAAACUCCUACGUGGCUCCUCCUAGCCCUUUUGUGGCCUAGAGUCAGUGGGGAAAUAAGCCCCCACUAGACAGAAAUUUCUUGACCAAGUCGAGUGAAAGAUUUCACUCAAAGUUAGCAAAAAAAAAAAAAUGGGGGAAUGAAAGACCCCAGCUUAGCAGCAGUAACGCCAUUUUGAAAGGCUGUACUUAAGAUGACUGGUUCAGAGAAAGGUUAAAACACUGAGUACAAAGCAGCUGCCAAGCAGGAUGUGUUUGGUUGAAGGCCUGGCAACAGGACGACUGCGGUUGAGCACCUGACAAUGAAAAAAGCCCCGGGAGAGGUCCCACACCCUGGUGGGGGGCCGAGUCAGUCGUUAUGUUCCAAGAAGGUAGCUAGGAAACUUGCCCCCGGGCUGAACCCUUGGGGGGCCGAGUCAGCCGUUAUGUUUCAGGAAGGUAGCUAGGAAACUUGCCCCCGGGCUAAACCCUUGCCAUAUUAGAAUCCACCAAUUAUAUCCCUGUAACCAUGCAUCUGCUUCUGUAUGCUUGCUUCUGCUCCCCAAAAUCCUAUAAAAGCCCAUCCUUGGUUCCGUGGGGCGUGCCAGUCCCCCGAGUGACUGAAGCGCCCGCAGGUGCCUGUGCCUGUGUAUCCCAACAAUAAACCAAAUCCUCUUGCUGAUUGCA